AUGGCACUGGCGGCGGUCGACUGGGGUGGCUGGAAGGACGAGGCCAAGGCCUUUCUGCGCCUCCACCCUGGUGUAGCUGUGGCUGAGCUCACCAGGGGGGAGCGCUUGGUGAUCCCUGGCGCAAAGGAGGCCUACGCCGUGGCCACCUGGGGCGCCCAGGCUUCUGUCCGGGCCGUGGGUGGGCAACCUUAUGCUCACUGCGGUACCUGGACAGGGAGCUACUGCGAAGGGUGCGACGACAUCCCGGUCGCAGUCUGCACCCGGUGCGACAGAGAGCGGCUCCUGUGCCCGGACUGCAUCGCCAGCGGCUUGCUCUUCAAGGAUGUCGAGCGCUCCGACAAUGCCGGGAUCCUCGAAGUCACAGGGCACAACGACGAACAUGGGAACUUCGUCAGGUAUGAAAAGCCCCUGCGAUUCCCUACCUCAGCUGUGCCCAAGCACGCCGACGGGACGUUCAACAUCGACGAACUCAUGGCCUUCAACAAGAUGGAGCCAGCACUGCGGCACGUGGUCAGAGAUCUGGCACCAGAGGUUCAAGGAGCUCUCGCCAGUCUGGGCCUUGAGACCACUGGUGACUUCCACCACUUCUGGCCAUCGGCUCAGCAGUGCUAUGAGGAACUUGAGAGCAUCUUGGGCCAAAAGCUGGAUGCUCAGGAGGCCAUUCGGGUUGCGGUUGCAUGGACGAAUGCCCGCAGGGCCAGCCAGAAUGCCACCGUAGCCCUCAGCGUCGAGGUGGCCCGUGAACGGCUGUCGAGCGUGGGUGGCCCACCUCGGUCAGUAGUUGUCACCCCUGAGAGCGUUCCAGUGGCACCGCCCUCCAAUAAGGUGCGACGGCUGACGCCGACUGGUCUUGCAGCCCCACUCCAUGCACCACUGGUGACUUAUGCCGCCCAACAGGACCCUCAUGCCAAGGAGGACGCUGUGAAGCAGGCGAAGCUCGACAAGCUGUUCACCCUGGUCGUGGAGUAUGUGGUCGACCUGGAGGAGUUGCAGAUGUCUCCAGCCAAGCUAGCCGAUCCGAUGGAGUUGCAACGCUUCAAACAGGCGCUGAUGACCGGGGCGUCCAGACUCUCUGGGCAGAGGCUGGGCGCUCUAGCUGCAGCAUUGAGGCGGUGGUUGCGGUUUUGCAGCACCAGAGACAUCGAUGCCAAGAAGCCGAGCCCCCUGGCUUUGGCGGAGUUCCUGAGGGAGGUAUCGGCUGGUGGCCCCACGGCUGCUUCCAGCAUGCACGCAUCAUUACGAUGGUUUGCCGAUAACUUCGGAGCCGCCUUCGCCAUGGACCACUGGUCAGUGAAGCACUUUCGCUUCCAUGCCGUGCACCACACUGGGAAGCAGGCACCUGAGCUCGAGCCAUGGGAAUUCAUCGACUUGGCCCUCCUCAUGGCCAAGGUUCAGGGCUCCCACAAGCUGCUCGUGGCUUUCCUCCUCAUGGUUGCGACCGGCUGCAUUCGCUUCGAGCACGUGCAGCGCUCCCGGCUUGUGAGCAUCCAUGGUUCAUGGCUGGAGUUUGAAUGCUCCCAGGGCAAAGCUAGGAAACAGGGCGCUAGACCUGGCUAUCGAUGGGGCCUCCCUCAAGUGACAAUGAACGGCCACCAUAUGACCAAGGUCAUCCAGGAGUUCUUCAACCAUGAGUUUCCCAAGGACCACACGUUUUUGAUGCCGGCCCUGGAGCUCAAUGCCGAGGACCUCUGGGAGGUCACAGAGGCGACAGCCUUCAUCACGAACAAGGCCAUGUCAAGAGCACGCUUCCUCGAGGUGAUGCGGGGCGCCUUGGUUCAAGUGGGCGUCGAUUUCACCCAAGCCCAAUCGGCGACAUACAAUAAGCUGAGGAGAUUCCUCCCGACGAUGGCGAACGUCAUGGAGCUCCCAGACCUUGACCUCCAGUCGGUAGGCAACUGGACAGAGCUACCAUCUGGGGGCGGCAGGGACCCUUCCUCCAAGAAACCCAAGGGUUCUAUGCUGAUGGGGGUCCACUAUGCAGGUCAAGCAGAGGUGCGUCGACAGGCUGUUUGCCCUCUAUACCAGAAGAAGAGGCAGGAGCUGGCUAUGACAGCCGAAGGGUUCCUUUGCCGGGACGCUUGGCAGUGGGCUGAGGUGGCAGCCUUGCAUCAAGCCCUUCCAGAGGAUCUGACACCCCUGGCAAAGACGGAAUCCCUCGGGGACAUUGAGGUCGCUCCUGGAGCCUUGGAUGGAGUGGAGGCCCGGGCGCCCCCUCCGCCGGCGGAGUUACCAGUGGAGGACGAUUCAUCGUCCAGUCUGGACACGUCGACAGACAACUCCAGUUCAGCAUCGGACGAAUCCGCAGAUGGCCAGGACCUAUGUGGGGUGGUGGCUGAUGACUCAGCACCUGAAGAGCUUGGAUGGCUGCGCCAGGGUAAGAAGCUGCACAUCAUUCGUGAGGAAGUUGAAGGUGAAGAGCCGUACCGUGGUGCAGAGACUUCGCAUACCAACAAGACCCUGCUGAGCGCGGCCGCGGGUUCACCCUGA